AUGUCGGCCUCAAACAUAUUAGACCAACGACAAACCGAUUGGAAAUCUAUGUGGAUUUCAGUAUUCCUUCAAUUUCUCGUCGGCCUCCAAAUUUCGGCCUAUUUCAUGUCGAUGUGGCCAUACCUAAGCGGACUUGACCGAACGGCCGAUUUAGACUUUCUUGGAUGGGUGGUCGCCUCGUGUAGCAUUGGGUGUACCAUUGCGAACCCGCUAUUCGGAUACUGGAAUGAGAAAACAAUGUCGGUUAGGAAUCCGGCGAUCACUGGCUUCAUGAUUUCUGCAAUCGGCCAAUUUUGGUACGCAAUUUUAUGUGUAUUCCCGAAUGUGAAAUGGUACAUGUUGGGCGCGAGAUUCUUGACCGGCUUCGGCGUUGGCAACAUUUCGGUACUUCGCGUAUACGGAGCAACAGCUUCAACUCCCAAAGAUCGCAUGAAGGCGAUUUCCUAUGGAACCGGUGGAUUGGCUCUUGGCUUCUCAUUUGGUCCCGUCAUUUCAGCGGCGUUCACACCAAUCGGCGAAGUUGGCCUCGAAAUCGGAAGCUUCCGUUUGAACAUGUACACCGUGGUUGCCCUUCUGAUGUGCGCCAUUUGCAUCGCAUCCUCAAUAGUCGUCUAUUUGUUCUUCGAGGAGAGCUAUGUUGGAAUUGUCGGAAAAGAAGAGCAAGAAACCGAGAACAUCGAAGUGCCCAAAUUUGAUGUAAUUGGAGCAUUGAUUUGUAUUUACCUGUUUAUGAUUGCCACAAUUCUCGGCAUCAAUCUUGAAGUAAUGUCCGCCCCAUUGACAAUUGCAAUGUACGAAUGGAACGACAGCCAGUCAAUAUUUUACAACGGUAUCGCAUUAUGUUUGAAUUGUAUUAUCACCGUUGGAGUUAAUAUUGCGUUUGGGCGUUCGAGGCUCGGAAAAACAGAUAAGCGACUGCAAAUGCUCUCCGGUGUCACAUUGUUCUUCAUUUGUCAAGCGCUCAUUUAUCCAUGGGCAUUCUACACGGGACCAUUGAACUUCUUGCCAGCCAACAAGACAACCAUCGAGAUUGGCGGAUGCCUUCCUGAGUAUGAUUGGUGCAAUUACACCACACGGGUGCCGCUGGUUCUCUACAUGAUCUGCUUCAUUGUUCUGUUUGGUAUCGCGUUUCCGCUCAUCGAGACACCAUCAGCGGCACUUUAUUCGGAAGUUUUGGGACCACGAAAGCAGGGAAUGAUGCAAGGAUUCUUCUCAUUUGGCGGAAGCAUCGCACCAGUGAUUUCAUCAAUUUCCACGACGUACAUAUUCAAACAUCUAGGCUAUCGUUAUGUCGUGAUGGUCCAAGCAGCAAUACUAGUUAUCGGAGGCUUGCUCAUCCUCAUAUUCUACAAAAGGCUUGUGCCACUCAAGCUGAUAUCAAAGAAUAGCCAAAAGAUGAACUCAAGCACAAUGGGUACACAUGUUCUAAAUGAACGACAAACCGAUUGGAAAUCGAUGUGGAUUUCAAUAUUCCUUCAAUUUCUCGUCGGCGUCCAAAUUUCUGUCUAUUAUAUGUCAAUGUGGCCAUACUUAAGAGGGCUUGACGCGACAGCAGAUGUUGACUUUCUCGGAUGGGUGGUCGCUUCGUGCAGCAUCGGAUGCACUAUUGCGAAUCCCGUUUAUGGUCACUGGAAUCAGAAGACAAUGUCGGUGACAUGGCCAGCCAUCACUGGGUUCAUCAUCGCCGCAAUCGGUCAAUUUUGGUACGCGUUGCUAAGUCUCUUCCCGAAUGCGAAAUGGUACAUGAUGGGCGCGCGAUUCUUGACGGGCCUCGGCGUUGGCAAUCUGUCAAUGCUUCGCGUCUACGGCGCAAUGGCAUCAACGCCGAAGGAUCGAAUGCGCGCGAUCUCCUAUGGAACUGGGGGAUACGUUCUUGGAUUCUCAUUCGGACCUGUCAUUUCAGCUGCAUUUACUCCCAUUGGAGAGGCUGGCCUACAACUAGGCGGCUACCAGCUCAAUAUGUACACGGUCGUCGCACUUCUCAUGUCGCUGGUGUGUAUUAUUGCAUGCUUCAUCGUUUAUUUUUUCUUCGAAGAAAGCUAUGCAGGAAUUGUGGAAAAAGAAGAGAAAGGAAAUGAGAUGGUGACAAUUCCAAAAUUCGAUACUAUUGGCGCCCUCACUUGCAUUUAUUUGUUCAUGAUUGUUGGCAUUAUCGCAACGAAUAUUGAAGUAAUGUCGACGCCUCUAACCACUGUGUUGUAUGAUUGGAAUGAUAGUCAAUCAAUUUUCUAUAAUGGCCUCGCAUUGUGCAUGAGCUGCGUGGUGUCGGUCGGACUCAAUAUUGUCCUCGGGAGUUCACGCCUUGGAAAAAUAAAUAAGCGAAUUCAAAUGCUGAUCGGCUCGGCGUUCUUUUUCCUCUACCAAAUAUUCAUGUACCCAUGGGCAUUCUACACGGGACCAUUGAACUUCUUGCCAGCCAACAAGACAACCAUCGAGAUUGGCGGAUGCCUUCCUGAGUAUGAUUAG